CGCCUCCCACUAGGGUGCCGUGUUUUGACUUGUUCGAUCCCGUAUUGUGUGCCGUGUGCGUUUGUAAACGUCCGGUGUUCACCCGUCGAGUUGUAACAAACCGUAUGUGCUGUCGCCGUCACUCUAUUGCCGUCCCUCAUUUCCGUCGUCGAUCUCGCACACGUUGACACGUCCGCUCCUGUAGUGCCAUGGACGUCAGCCUGCUACUUCAGCAUUCACAAUAUGCGUUACCCGUGGGCAUCGUGCUCGUAUGCGCAAUCCUCGUCUUCGUCUUCGGCUUCAAGAAGGCCGAACAACCACCUUUUGCACAGCUCUCGGUGGGCUCCGACGUGGACCGGAAAUCUGCCACCAAGAAACGCAGCAAGAUCAAAGAAAAGAAAUCUGCUAAUGGCCAAGUUACAACUGAAAAAUCAAGUCCUGCUAAGAAAACUGUAUCAGCAAAGACAGACGCUUCUAAGAAAGCUGCACCCAAAUCAGAUGAAACUGAAGGAAAACUGAAAGAAAGAAAGCAAGAGGAUAAUAAAAUUUCUGCAUCCAAGAAGGAAAAAGAUCAAGCUGUGGUAAAAGUAGGCAAAGAGAACAAAACUGAGCAAGUGAAAAAUAAGAAGAACUUGAAGAAUUUGUUCCAAGAGAAGCCGGUCGAUUUUGAUGAAGGAGACUGGGAACAAGCUUAUUCUAGGAAAGAUAAGAAGAAUAAGAAAAAAGAGGAGGAAUCUCCUUCAAAGAAAAACAAGAAGAAUGCUAAAAAGGCUGAUUUGAUUAACGAAGAGGUAGCUAAGCAAAAGAUUCCAGAAAAGGCAGAAAUUAAAGAUAAAAUAGUUAAAGAAACGGAAAACAAGGAGUUGAAGGAGAAAGAGAAGAAAGAAGUGAUACUUAUACCUAUUUCUAACGAGGAACCACCUAAAGAGAAGGAACAGCAAAAAGAAGAACAACCCAAGAUAUCGUUUUUAUUCAAGAAUGAAAAAGCAGAGAAAGAAGAGAAGAAGAGUGGAAAAUCGAAGAAGAAUAAGAAGGUUUCUGAAAGUGAAAAUACCCCUGUAACGACACCGUCUACACCAAAAGUAGAUAACAAAGUUCAGGAGCAACGGACGAAGAACAAGGAUAACACCACGGAGAAGGAGUCUGAUAAUUCUCAAGAAAAGAAUCCGAUAAUUACAGAGACGGAAACUGAAACGCAAACGCAAGUAAAAACUGGUCCUGUGUUCGACGAACUAGGAGAUGUCUGGACAGAGGCUAAACCACAAAAGAAAAGUAAAAAGAAAGCUCGUAAAGAUAACUGAGGGUGAUUAUAAAUGUUAUGAAAAUUACGUUCCUCCUGAAGGGGAAUAGAGUGAGAAUCCUGCUUGGUCCAAACGACAUGUGUCAUUUCGGACUUACCAGGUGUGUUAAGUGACUUACCAAUCAACCACCUGACCAAAUUGUUCCUUUCCCUUGUACAUAAUGCCAAUUGGACUAGGUUGUUCGAUCAAGUUAUAUUUUAUAGAUUUCAUGACUACAGGUGCAUAAAUGUUUGAAGAAGAAAUCUUUUGACAAGAUUUUUUCGACAUACUUAUCCUUUGGGUUAGCGAAGCUGCCUUGCAUUUAACAAAAGAGGCAUAAAUCAUAGUUCUCAUAAAAUAGCUACUGUGAAUGGCGUUCAAAAAUUUCAACGUUUCUAGACAUUUUCAUGUGCAUAAACAUGAGAUCGAUAGUAGUAGUGUUUAAUUAGUGUGAGUUACAUACAUGUUUGCAUUCAUUUAUACAUUUCACAGAAAUGUUUGAAUACGACUUCUUAGCAAAUAGUACUUAUGUCUUUUACGUUUCAUCAAGAAAUUGAAUACCUUUUUUUUAGAUCAGUUUGCAUAUACUUCGUGCGUGCUUACAUUCACGUUAUUAACAUAUUAACCACUGAUUUUAUACAUUAAAUGUCGCAGUUGGUUUAAGUGUUGUAGAUGCGAACGGUUGAAAGCCAAAACUUAGAAAGUAUAAAGUAUCACUCGAAACAAUAAUAAAGUGCAGGACAAUCUCUUAUAGAGAAAAUUUACAUUACUGAUGUACGUGUCUUUUUCAAUGUACCAAGAGAAGAUAUUUUCAUAUAUUUCGUAAUCAGCUAUUUAUUUCAGCAUAUAGAUUCGAGAUUGUAUGCUUUGAAAUAAUAUAUAAUAUUUUGCUUCAACAGUAUAUCAGUAAUGAAUUUUAAGGGUCGAUGUCUAUUUAUAAAGAUGCGAAUCUAUGACAAAAUUUGUGCCAAGUUGUGAAAGAGAUAAGGGUACAGCGAAAGUCACAUUCUAAAUUUUUUUUUCAUACGAAGUUUCAUUUUCAACAGAAUUUUGCACAAAUAUUUUUUUUAUGUAUCACUUGCUAUUUAACUAUUAAUAAUUUAUAAACAUUGUUAAAGUUUGCAUUGCAAGUGUGAAGUACAUGUAUUCACAAUGUAUUCCAAAAAUUAUGACUUUCGAUGUACUUAAUUAUAACAGAUGUUUGAUGGAAAGGAAAAUGUUGUCUGAUGAUAAAUCUACUAAAAUUCAGCGGGUUUAGCGAAUGAGGUCAAACGUGGGACAGACAAAUAAUUAAAGUUGUUUUGUUGAUUUUUAAUAAUUCACGAACAAUCUAAUCCAGCCGUUCACAUUUCAUGCCAUGUAUAAAGUAUAUUAAGUGAGCAUAUUGAUUACAUAUUAAAAGCUGUCUGUAAGUGGACUUUGAUCUAACGGUUAUUUAAACGUUGAUAUAUAUUAUAUAUUAUGUAUAGUAAUAUCAUUUAUAGAGUUGCAAGGUUUGAAUUGUAUUAGAGCUGUAAUUCCUUGGAGGAUAGAUUAGAUAAUGGGAAAAUCUUUGAGGAACGUAAAAAAUCAAAGUAUAUAGUAAGAGUUCUUUGGCUUCUAUUUUCUGAAGAAACAAAAAAAAAGUAAAAGUUCGGAUAGAGAAAUGACGUUAAUUACAGUUCACCGCAUCGGCGAUGUAAUGACGUACGGUGACGUCAUUUGCACGAAACGAUUUAUUAAUUAGCGUUAUAUGUUAAUAUGUAAAGUUUCGAUGAUUAGUGAAGAGAGAUAAAGAAAGAUUAUUUAGAA